UUUGGCAUACCAGUGACGCUGGUGGGGUUGUUAGAGUUGAGUGUUAGAGUGCUGCGCCUUAAAUGCGCCGAAUCUUUAUGACCCACUCGACAUUCUCUUUCUAAAGAUUGCAUUUUCGGAAAUAGAUGUUGUGAAUGAUAGUUUUGACAGGAGUAAACGAGUGCCUUUUUUGGAUUUAACGAAGUGGAGUCGCUCAAGUUGGUAUAAUGCUGGGGGUGAUCUACGCAGCUACAAUAGCCAGCAAAUGGCUAUGAUACAUCGCGAAACUAUGGAAAUGGCUGGCCCAGAGGGGCCAUUCCCCCUGCCUGCAUCCCCACUGACACCAAAUAGUUGUUCCUCGAACCCUGCUAAUGUUGUUCUGCUGAGCAUGUGCAGCAGUGAAAGAAACCCGGGUAGAGACUCAGGAGUAGACAUCAGUGACGGUCUACGGGAACCAAAAGAAGACAACUGUCCCGGAUUACAAAAUGCAGAUCCCGGUCCUCAGGUAGCGGGUGUGGUACCAUUAGCUGAGGGGGAAUUUGUGAGUAGGAAUUUUUUCAUGAACCCCAUUGAAAAUGGCUUGAGAGAAAUGGAUAUCGGGGAAUCAGGAGACACUUCUGUAUCAGCAGAGAGCCAUAGUGAAUCAGAUUUAGAAAGCAGUGGGAGGCGUUUCUUGUUUGCCUCAGUAGGAGAGGAAAGUUUCACCUCCACGAGAACUGAAUCAACGAUACUGAGAGAGGAUUCUCUCCAGCCUGAAACUCCUACUUCUGAAGAUGUGUUUUUAAGCGAGAAUUCGGAUUCUUUGCAAGAGACGAUGAGUUCAGAUUCAGAUACUAGGCUUUUUCAGCCAGAAAAUGAUGACGAAAUGGCUGAUGAUGAGGGAGGAUUUGAACUGCCCUCUUCUAACUUCAACAUGCAGCAUGCUAAUAUUGUUAUUGACAAGUCAGACGUGCACUUCGGUUCAACGUUCAACUUGGCUUUGCCCUCCACAAAAGGUCUUCCAAAGCUCGAAAUAUCUGCAGCAACGGAAGGCCGAAAUAAAGAUGUACCUGCACCAAAUGCACAAAGUGUGCAUAUCAGAAUCGAAACACCUCCAGUACAGACAGUACAGUCUCACUUAACUAUUAAUAAAACACAGUCCACACCUGCACCAUCUGUUUCCUCUAUCAGUGCCAAGGACCUAAGGGAGAAUCCUCGAUUAGCCGAAAACCAUGUGCCCGUUCCAGUACCGCAGUUAUCACAUGCAAACAGAAUGGCCAAUACCACCACACUGACAACGCCUACUAGUCCAGGCCCAGGAAACUUUCAUAUUUCAGGAGCUGGAAGUGUUAUACUAGGACCCCAGAUAAUAUUCAAUUCUCCGCAAUGCAGAGAUAGUCCAGGACCUGUCAACACCAGCUUGGAAAAAGUACUUAAAGAGGCCGAGGAUAGGUUGGCAUUGACCUACAAGCACCAGACGAAGAGAUCUCUCCUGCCAUGGCUCAAAGGCCAUCAGAUAAUGACAGACUUUUAUACUGAAUCUAGAAUCCUUGCCGUUGACAGACAGGGUAAACAGACUCGCCAGACCGUCGAUCUGGUCAAUACGCUUGUUCAAGACGAUGAGAAUCGCUUCAUAUUGGAAGGAGAACCUGGAAUGGGCAAAACUCUUCUAGCCUGCAAACUGGCCAUAGACUGGGCAAAUAAGAAGAGUCUUCAGAAGUUCAAAUUUGUUUUCCUCAUUUUUCUACGAGACUUUAAAGACAGGCUGGAGGACCAUGUGAAAGAAGAACUCUUGUCGUCACUUUCAGAUGAGAAAUUCAAACAGGUGUGGGACUACUGUAAAAACAAUGAGGAACAAGUCCUGUUCAUCCUUGAUGGUUAUGAUGAACUGGAGAAAUCUGAUGAAUCCAAGAUCCAGAAACUCAUCGAGAGCAGAGACUUCCUUCGAAGCAAAGUUGUGGUAACGUCGAGACCAGAUGUGUUGAGAACCGUUGCACAGAGAAUUAUAGUGAAAGGUUUCAGUGAAGCUCAAAUGUUUGAAUUUAUUGGAAAGUAUUUUAAGUUAGUGAGUGACGAUAGUUCCGGUCAUGACAUGAAACGCAUCAUUGAAAAGGAUUACAAAUAUCGAAAACUAGCUAAAAGACCUUUGUUUUGCGUCCUCUUGUGUAUGUUAUAUGACUCAGAUGUUGUGUCUAAACUUCCUGAAAGGCUCUCUGAUUUAAUGUUCAAAAUCAUGUUGUGUCUCAUCAAAUGGAAUAACAAAAAAGUCAGUAACGUCAAUGAGAACACUGAGGCCUUUCCUCCGAAGUACGAAGAACUGUUUUUGAACUUUGGAAAGUUGUCACUGAAAGCCUUGAAAACUGACAAAACUCGUUUCAGUGAGAAGGAAAUCAUGGAGAUUGGAGAUGUUGACACUAACCUGUUACUCCAACUUGGGUUUUUAUCUAAUGACAGUGAAAACGAUGUGCUUGGGCCAAAGAAGUUUUGGAAACCAGUUCAUAAAAUAUUUCUGGAGUACUUAGCUGGGUUGUAUAUAGCUAAUCAUAUAAGUCGGGAGUGUAGAGACUGCAAAGAGUGCAGAGACUUUUCUUCAAUAUACCACCAUGAAAACGUUCUUCAGUUUGUGGUGGGUACACUUGAUAAGAGAGCUUACUUAGCAUUAGAUGGCAGAAAGUAUCAAAUGAUUCGUAAGAUGAAAGACACAGACUUGUUGAUGUUACUACGGGAAGCUGGACCCACAAAAGACAACUGUCGUGCUGUUGCCAAAUUGCUUGACCACAGCUAUGCCACGGUGUAUACGAGUGAAGUAGAUUUUGAAGGUUGGGGUUCCAUCCUUGCUCAGAAGUUUUCCAAUCUGAAAACGCUUGAAAUUGUGUGGAGAAUCAAGAGUAGUAACCCAGACCAAGAAAGCUCUUUCGCCGAGGCCACUCCAGAACAGUACAGUGCAUUCUUUAAUUCACUGAAGUCCAACACAAGCAUAAACAAAAUUAAAAUUAGGGCGACGCAGGAUGGUGAGCCUUUCUCUGAAGAGAAGAUCAGGCUCUUCUUUUCUAAUCUUGAAAUGGUUCUGCCAAAGGAAAAUUUAAGGGAGCUGGAAAUCAAGGAACUGAAGAUGCAUGUCUCUAGUCAUCUCAGAAGAGCCGUUGAGGGAGCCACUUGUCAGCUGAAUAAGAAAGCUCUGUGUGACUUGGAACAACUGCGUCUAGACAUGUUCAUGGACGACGAAGAUCUGUUUGUGCUUUGUGACAGACUCAGGAAAUGUGCACCUAAUCUGAAAGAGCUGCAGCUGACUGGUCUAGUCAUUGGUUUUCGUGGUUUCAGCAAGCUGGUAGAACUUCUCAAAAUGAGCAAAAGUCUUCAGAAGCUGCACAUUUCAAUGGAUAAGGCGCGCCUGCAGUCCAUGAAUGAUUGCACGCCGUCUAAUAUGUACACAGAUCAAAAGCGUAUGAAUCGCCAUGCCGUCAAUGAGAGUAAAAGGGCUUUCCAUGAACGGAAGGUCUCCCUGGAAGCAGAAACCUCAAGUCAAGAUACAUUACACUUUGGAAGAAAGGUCUACCAGAGAGUCCAUCGCAAUUCCUGUACUACACCCAUAGUUACCCUGGAGAGGGUGCAGCGACUGGAUUCUUCAGAAUAUUACACUGAACCGGAGAUCGAUAACAUUGAUUUAGAAAAUGAAGUAAACACAUCAAGAGAAAGGAGAGUCUCAUUGUCAGCAUUCCAGCAACUGUUGUCACCUAGAGAUGACUGUAACUCCGUGAGUUCUGCUUUUGGGACUGUCAGCCCUGCAGCAGGUAGUCGAAGUCCGUCUCUUUCCAGUGAAAACCGAGGAUGUUCACCAUCUCCAAGGCAUGAUGAAGCAAGCACAAACAGUGAAAGGAUAUAUUUCACUGGUGUGAAGGACCCAACCAAAGAAUUGAGCUACUUAUUUCAAGAUCCCUUAAACACCGGUACAAGGCCAACUUAUAUGGCCAACCGUUAUUCUUUUGUCCCAGGUGAUGGAAAAGACAACCUUCCACUGCCGCUUUGCAAUGAUCGGGAACAUAAAUCUGUUUUCCACGACUUGUUCUCUGCUUUGCCCGAAAGUAGUGUGAAAUCUCUCACACUUGACUAUCCUUGUCUCUAUUUAAGCACCUUGGACCUAGUUUGUUUAGGAGAUGCAAUUCGUAGAACAAAAUGUCUUGAGACUUUAAAACUUCAAAAUUUGAAAAAUGCCAAAAAGUACAUUCCUGUGGUCUUAGGAUUAGGACAGUGCCAAUCCCUUACUAGUGUUACACUGGAAUCGAAGAGUGUAAUAAUAACAGAUGCUUCAUUCUCCUUAGCCUGUUUAGCAUUGAGGAAUAAUACUACAUUGAAAAAACUUUCACUGGCUCAGUGGGAGUUUAGUAUAGAGAACAAAAAAAUGGCCACCCGUUACUUUAAGGACCUCUUGAGCAACUGGAAGGUUAAUGAUCUUAAUCUAGCCAACUGUAGUAUUGACAUUGGAGCUGGAAUGGCCAUAGCACCAACCCUGUUCACACCUCCAUUAUUACUGCCCAUUCAUGGUCCUACACAUCAUUGGUCCAGCAUAAAGACACUGAGACUGCCACAUGUGAAGCUGAAAGAACCUUUAGGUUUGGAGCGACGUGGGCAUCUCCUUUUGCCAGUGCUUAGACACUGUCCUAAUCUGACAGUAUUAGAUUUAUCAGCCUCCUCAAAUCAUAUUACAUCUUUAGAUGACUGUGCAACUCGCAAGUUCUUCCAACUUCUAGGAACAAACUUUAAGAAGCUCAAACAAUUAACACUGUGCAACUGGGAAUUUAAAUUUAAAAACUACGAAGAAACUUGUUUGGAUAUUGGUCAGCUAGUUCGCUCCUGUACAGAGUUGAGAACUUUAGUACUGGACAAAGUUAGUGAAGUUAGGUCAGGACUGUCAGUCCGUACCCAGUGUCGUGCAACAUUAUUGCACCAGUUGGUCAACAACCUUCCUCGUUUAUCAGAGCUCUCUCUUUGUUUCUACCGUAUUGAUGACUUUGAAUUAGACAAGCGGUCAGCUGCCCAGCUUGGUGCUUGCUUCCAUGAUCACUGGAACUCAACUAAUAAAUUCAAACUCAAAUUCUUUGGAUUAUCUCCAGCAGCAGAAACAGCUUUGCAUGAUGCCCUUAUGAAAGACUUUACAGUAAUUAUUAGUCAAGGAUAUCCACUAGAAAUAACUGUCCGAAAACGAUAUCUCUUUGCUGCAUGAAAAUUUAGGGCAGUAGUUUCCUACCGUUCUCGCUAAAGCUAUCAUGUCUUUUAAGAAAUUGUUUCUUUACCUCAUGAGUUCUUGUGAACUUUCAUCAUCAUUCAGCACUAAGGAGGAUGUAACACUCCCUUGAGCAGGGUAUGGAACUACUGCCCAGAGGUGUUUCAACUGUGAAAGGCCAAUGAGGAUUUGAAAAGCUUAUAAAGGGGCUUAUGAAAUUAGUAUUUAUUAUCCAUACAUAUAUGUAUAUAUACAUAUAUUGUAUACACACACACACACACACACACACACACACACAUAUAU